GCCCACACACGACUAAUACCCUUUGUUCUCCUUUUGUUUCUUCUUUCAUCUUUUCGAAUUUGUUGCCACUCAAAGGGGCAGUAUAAAUAUGUAUAGCGUAGGCACCGCUCCCCUUCGCCUUCAUCCUCAUUGCUCUCCAGUAACUUUUCUCCAUCCGCUGAUAUGAACCUCCAAGUCGUCCCACCUCCCUGCUGUUAUUUUACGUUUUCCAUCGAUGUCGCUGCAACACUGGACGUGUACUGUGAUGAAGGUGACAAUGUUAUGCUGCAAAAACUGGAGGGCUUGAAGGACAAGACAUAUGCGGGCUACUGCGUGGCGGUCGAGGGCCGGGUUGACGAGCAUAACAAAUUUCAUACAGCGUAUAUUCGACCAGUGCAACAGGGUCUCACAAAACCUUACUCUCGGAAACCUCAUCAUGCGCGACCAUCCAUGUGCAUUCCUAUCUUUCCGGAAACGACCCAUCCCAGGUCAAGAGAACCUCUUGAGUUGUCGAAGCUAUUGCCUUGGAAAAACUGCUAUCAUCCCACCCGCUACGACCUCUAUGCCCGCGUCCCGACAGAAUGGCGCGACUAUUCUCAGUCGCCCCGUGUGCUAGGCUUCUCACCCCAGCUUGUCAAACCUUUGGCCGAAGAUUUACGCUACAACCGACUCCUUCAGUCAGGACUAGAUGAGGACCGGGUUCUUCGGAUUCUCGACGGUCAAGAACCUGCUCCAGAUACAGACGACACCUCGGAGACUGAUAAUCAACCUUGCCAGUCCUUUCUCGCCAACAUACCCGGUUCAGAGGAACCAAAGGACGAUGAUAUGUUCAUGCCCGUCCUUCGUAUCGACCAUGUCCUGUCAAAUGUGCCGGAAAUAUCUGAUCCCUCGCAGCUAUGGGAAGACCGCGAUCUUUUUGAAGAGUAGACGAUUUUCGCUCCGAAUUGCCAUUGUCCUAAACCAUUGAUUUGCUU